CUUCUUUGGGGGUUUAAAACAGGAACGAAAGCAUCAGUCAUGUGAUGUUAGCAGUUUUGUAACUGUUGGCCAGCUUGCGUGUGGCAUUAUAGUAACAGGACAGCAUUGCACUUCUAUUUGUGACUUCAAAAUUAGCAUUGACUAGAGGAAACAAGAAUGUAUGUGAAUAUGAUGACAACAAUAAUGCUCCUCUUUGCUCCAGUGUUUUCAGGCCCAGCCCGUUGUCCCAACCCAGCAGAACUCCUGAUCGAAGCACCGGGGAGCUUGGAAGCCUUGGCAGGAACCUGUCUGCAGAUCCCAUGUACAUUUAAGACCAUCGAUGGACGCAAAGUUAAUACCACAGACAAAACUGAUGGAGUGUGGAUUAAAAAUGAUCCCAAAUUUGGCAGAAACCCACGCAAUGUUGUUUACAACAGCAGUAGGGUGGAUAAUACAUUUCCAAUGACUUUUAUUGGGAACUUGGGUCAGACAAACUGCACAACUAUUCUGGAUAAUGUUCAAGAGGACUACGAAGACAAGUACUACUUCAGAGUUGAGGACAGCGCGAUUACAGCAACAGCUUCUUGUCAUCCUGUUCAAAUCACAGUCAAAGAUUCUGCUUGGAGUCCCACCAUUGAAAUCCCAGCUGAUCUGAAGGAGGAGGAGUCUGUCACUGUCACCUGCUCAGCUUACACUCCCUGCCCUCAAUCUCCUCCUGAACUCACCUGGAAUCUUCAAACAGACUCUCAAAGAAAAAUUGAAAAAUACACAAAUGGAAGCUUUACAACUAAAAUCCAGAAGACCAUCACUCUGUCAGACACUCAUCAUGGAUUCACCAUCAAAUGUUCUGCCAAAUACCAAAAUGAAAAGAUAGCAGAGACAGAACAAACUCUUAAUGUUUCACGUGCUCCUCAGGACGCAUCAUUAUUGCACAGUACAUCAGGUUUGGGGUCAAUCAUCGGAGGAAUCGUAGGAGCCAUCCUACUCAUCUGUUUGGUUUUUCUCAUUUGGUGGUUGAAGUCUAAACAUUCGUCUUCAAAUCCGACUCAUGUGGAAAAAUGUCACCGCCCCACACAGAGUUCGGAUGAAGAAAACGCUGCUCCAAAUCAAGACAUCCACUAUGGAGAAGUUGACUUUUCCAAAAUGAAUCUUUCCUCACGCUCACCGCAGACGACAACAGACCAGUUGUGUGUUGUGUAUUCACAAAUAACCGUAGGCCAGAGUGGAAACACACGCACAGGUGAAGACAUAUACUCCAUGGUGAAGAGAUGACUGGACUGAUGUGUACAAAUGUCAAGUUUUUUAUUUAGACUUUGCCUUAUCAUUAAAUCUCAUUUAGCCAAUAUUUAAAAUGUGCUUGUGUAUGUUUAAUUUUUGACAUUCAAGUUUAAAUCCAGCCAAGUAAAAUUAUUUAUGACACUAUUUCAUGUCUAUCACAAUCAUAUUCAGAUGAACAUUUUACAAGUUUAAUUUUCAGUGUGGAAAUGUUUCCCCCUUAAGGUUUUUUUUAGCGUAAAAUUUACUUCUCAAAAAGAUGAAGUUUCAUUCGUUUGGGCACUUUUAUUCAGUGA